GCUAAGAUAGUUGUAAUUUGUAUUAAUUGAUAUAUUUUUUUGUUAUAACGACAAAUGAAAAAGUCUUCUUCACAAUCAGCAAUCAUCAUCUACGAUGGAUAUCGCCCAUCCAAUCAGUUCAAAGCCCAAGAGCGUUUCUUUUGGGUUCUUGACGACGGAUGAAAUAAAGAAGAUAUCCGUUAAGCAGAUAGUGAACCCUAGUCUUUUGGAUAACACAGGAAGACCUACCGUCGGUGGUCUAUACGAUCCAGCACUUGGCCCAUCAGAUAGAGGAGAUAUUUGUGCUACUUGCGGUUUAACUUCAUUCAACUGUCCAGGACACUUUGGACAUAUAGAACUCCCUACAGUAAACUACCACCCACUAUUCUUCACCCAUUGCUUCAAUAUGCUCCGUGGUGUUUGUUUGUAUUGCCAUCACUUCAAACUUGAUCCAGCGGUUGUCACUAGAUACGUCGCUAAGCUCUCCCUCCUCGACUACGGUCUCAUAGACGAGGCUGAACAAGUCGACCUCAUCAAGCGUGGUGUAUCAGAAGCAGAAGAGGAAGACGCGACUUCAAAAAUGUCAAAAUCUGCUUUGAAAGCCUUAGAAAAGGAGCGCGAAUUGGAGGCCUACAAGUCGAGAGUAAACAGCUGGGUAAAAUUCAACGUCAGUAAGGCGCAACAAAAUGGCAAAACCAGAGACGAAUAUAAGUCCGGCUUGGUUUAUCAAACCAGAAAGAGACUCUUCCAUCAGUUAUUCAGACAAAUGUAUAGAAAGAAGUGCGACAAUUGUAACGCACACGCACACGCGUUCAGGAAGGAGGGCUCUAUCAAAAUCAUCGAGUACUCACUCACACCAAAACAAGAGGCUCAGCACAACGCUUUGGGUUUGUCCAGACCGGAUGUCUUAAAAGAACAAGCUGUCGUCGACAAAAACGCAAGGGAAGCACUCAAAAAGCAAACCCAGGUAAGCAAAGACAGCGAUAGCAGCUCAGAAGAUGAAGAUGAUGGAGAAGACACUCAAUCAAACAACGGCGAUAUCACAAUGAACGAUUCCAACGACACGAAUGGUGAUGUCAACAUCGACGACGAAGAAGACAUCGCAGCCAUCAAAGCUAACAACAAAAAUAAUGCUGCUCUUCUUAAGAGAUCUGAGAGAGUCGUUCCAGCAUCUGAAGUUCAAGCUCAUUUACAUCGUCUCUUCACAAAUGAGAAGGAACUCACGUCGAUGAUUUUCUCUCGUCAUGGUCCAUUCCCAACCAAUGAAGCCAUGGCUGACAUCUUCUUUAUGUCUGCUAUCCCAGUUCCACCAACUCGUUUCAGACCUGCUGCCCGUAUGGGUGAUGCUCUCAUGGAACAUCCACAAAACGAGCUACUUGGUGCUGUUCUCCAAACCUCACUUAGAAUUCGUGACUAUAACAAUGAAAUGUCCGCUUUGAAUGACAAAGACUAUGCUCAAACGAUGGCGGCCAAUAGCAGCCUUGGUGAAAAUGGCAUAAAGAUUAUUAGAGAUAGAACUUACCAAAGGUUAUUAGAAGAGCUCAUCACACUUCAACAUGGCAUAAACUCCUUCAUCGAUUCAUCAAAGAACCCAGCGCGUCUCCCACAAGGUCGCGAACCUACACCUGGUGUUAAGCAAGUUCUCGAAAAGAAAGAAGGUCUUUUCAGAAAACACAUGAUGGGUAAACGUGUCAACUAUGCCGCAAGAUCUGUUAUCUCUCCAGAUGUCAACAUUGAAACCAGCGAAAUUGGUGUACCACCUGUCUUCGCUAAGACUCUCACUUAUCCAGAACCAGUCACACCAUUUAACGUAUCAUACCUGCGUAAAUUAGUCAUUAAUGGUCCAAAGAACUACCCAGGUGCUAGUAUGAUUCAAUAUGAAGAUGGUAGAAUGGAGAGCUUAGAGAAGAAGUCUCAAGAACAGAGAACCGCAAUCGCUAAUCAACUUCUUACACCAUCAAACAGACCUGAUAAUCAAAACAAGAUGACAACUCGUACUUCAUCAAUCAACAAGAAGGUUUUCAGACACUUGAGAGAUGGUGACGUAUUAUUGCUCAACCGUCAACCAACCCUUCACAAACCAUCUAUGAUGGCUCACAAAGCUAAGGUUUUACAUGGUGAGAGAACAAUUAGGAUGCAUUAUGCAAACUGUAAAUCCUAUAACGCUGAUUUCGAUGGUGAUGAAAUGAACAUGCACUUUGCUCAAUCUGCAAUCGCAAAAGCCGAAAUGAUGUUCAUAGCAAACAACGAUAACCAAUACUUGGUACCAACGUCUGGUAAACCUUUACGUGGUCUUAUUCAAGAUCACGUUGUUGCUGGUAGUUGGAUGACGAUGAAAUCUACAUUCUUCACAAGAGAUGAAUACCAACAAUUACUCUAUGGUGCACUGAGACCGGAGAAUGAUUACACUGGUGAGGGUCGCGUUCAUCUUCUUCCACCGGCCAUUUGGAAACCACAACCGUUAUGGACUGGUAAACAAAUUAUCUCUACUGUUUUGAAGAACAUCACACCAAGUAACGCACGCGGUCUUAACCUUGAAUCAGAAUCUAAAGUAAAGGCUGAAUAUCUUCCAGCAUGGGGUUCAAACGAAAACAAGGUUAUCAUUGUCGAUGGUGUUGUCUGUUCAGGUAUUAUCGAUAGCUCCCAAUUUGGUACCUCUUCAUACGGUCUCGUUCACUCUGUUUUCGAAUUAUAUGGUUCUGAAUGCGCAGGUAAAUUACUUUCUAUUCUUUCAAGAUUAUUCACAAAGUACCUUCAACAUCGUGGUUUCACAUGUAGAAUGGAUGACUUGAUCUUGACUGAUGAAGGUAAUGAAGUUCGUGAUGAAAUUCUCGAAGGCACAAAGAAUUACGGUUUUGAAGCAGCAAUUGAUUCAAUUGGUUUAACAGAAGAGCAAUCUAAAGGAUCUGAAGGAAAGCGCAACGUAUUGAUGCGUCUUGAAGAAGUCUUACGUGAUGAUAACAAGCUAGCAAUGUUGGAUCAAACGUCUACGUCAAAGAAUGAACAGAUUAAAUCACAAAUUCUUAAGAAGACUCUUCCAGCUGGUCUUUGGAGACGUUUCCCAACUAAUCACUUCCAAGCGAUGGUUCUCACUGGUUCAAAGGGUUCGGCUGUCAAUGCUUCACAAAUUUCUUGUCUGUUGGGACAACAGUCACUUGAAGGUCGUCGUGUACCAGUUAUGGUUUCAGGAAAGACACUUCCUUGUUUCAAACCAUUCGAAACUGAUAUGAGAGCUGGUGGUUUCGUCGCUCAACGUUUCUUAACUGGUAUUAGACCACAAGAGUACUACUUCCACUGUAUGGCUGGUAGAGAAGGUCUCAUUGAUACAGCGGUCAAGACAGCUAACUCUGGUUACUUACAAAGAUGUCUUAUUAAACAUCUUGAAGGUAUUAAAGUACACUACGAUCAUACAGUUAGAGAUUCUGACAACAGUGUUAUUCAAUUCCAAUACGGUGAAGAUGCUCUUGAUGUUACAAAACAAGUUUAUCUUAACAAAUAUAAGUUUGCUGUAAACAACUACGACAGUAUGAUGAGAAAAUACAAUCCAAAGGCUCUUAUUGGAAAGGUCGACGAAGAGGCUGCAGAAGCUUAUAUGAAGAAGGCUCUCAAAAAGCCAUACAAGUAUGCACCUGUAUUGUCAGAGUAUUCACCAUCCGUGUACUUGGGUGCAACAUCUGAGAAAUUUGCUAAAGAUGUUGAUGCUUAUGCUGAAAACAAUCCAGAUGGUCUCUUAAUACCACAGUCUUCAAAGAAGAACAAAUUAUCUGAUGCAGAAAUUGAAGCACUUGUGAAGAAACUUAAACAACAAGGUGGUGCAAUUGCCAAACCUAAGCAAUUUAAGAACCUUUUGAAGACAAUUUACGCGCGUAGUUUGGUUGAACCUGGUGAAGCUGUUGGUCUGUUGGCUUCUCAAGGUGUUGGUGAACCUUCUACCCAAAUGACAUUAAACACUUUCCACUUUGCUGGUCACGGUGCUGCGAAUGUCACACUUGGUAUUCCACGUCUUCGUGAGAUUGUCAUGACAGCUUCAGCUCAAAUUAAGACACCAACGAUGAAAUUACCAGUAUUCGAACAUAUCACUGAAGAAGAGAUGAAGGUAUUCUGCAAGAACCUUAACAAGUUGACACUUGCUGAAUGUGUUGAUGACGUUAGAGUUAUCGAAUCAUUGUCUUCAAAGACACCAGAAAAUGGAUUCUCUAGACGUAAAACAUACAAAGUUCACCUCAAUCUCUACGAUCCUAAUGAAUACAGUAAGGAAUACAAUGUUGAACCAUAUGACGUUUGCUACGCAAUGAAGAAGUUCACUGCUAUCUUGGAUAAAGAAAUCACUAUCGAAUUAAGAAAGGUCACAAGAGAACAAACUGGUUCAGCUGCUAACAUCGGUAGAGGUCAGAGAUUGAGAGAGAAGCCAGGUGAAAAUGAAAACAAUGGUGAUGAAGAUGCUCCAGUCAAGGAUGCUCAAAAGGAUGAUGACAAUGAAGGCGAUGAAGGUGAUGCUGAAUCUCGCAAGCGUAUCGAAAAGACUAAGGAAAUUGCAUCAUAUUCUGAUGAUGAGGCUUCAGAUGAAGAGGAUCAGAAGAAGGAUGACGACAACGCUGAUGAUUCUGACAAAGAGUCUGAUAUCCAAGAUGAUGAUGAGCGUCAUCGUAAGCACUCUAAGAAACUCGGUGAGAAACUCUCAGAACUCGAAGACAAGAUCGUACAAGAUUCACAUUAUAUGACUAAACUCGAUUGUGAUCGUGAAGGUGGUUAUGUUGAAUUCGAAUUGGAGUUCUCUAGUAAGGCACUUAAGAUGUUGCUUGUUGGUAUUAUUGAGAAGGCAUGUCGCAAGACGGUCGUCCAUGAAGUACCUGGUAUCUCAAGAGCAAUUCUCUUAGAUAAGGAGAAGAACAAGGAUGGUAGUGUCAAGAAGCAAAGAUCAAUUCAAACUGAAGGUGCUAACCUCAUGGGAAUUAGAUCAUUUGGUCAAGACUUUAUUGAUCUCAACCAACUCUACUCUAACGACAUUGAUGCGAUUAGACGUACUUAUGGUGUUGAAGCAGCUCGUGCAUCUAUUAUCAACGAAGUUGCUGGUAUUUUCCAAGUUUACGGUAUUGGUGUUGACUUUAGACAUUUGGCAUUGUUGGCCGAUUAUAUGACUUACGAUGGUGGAUAUAAGCCAUUUAACAGAACUGGUUUAUCUGGUUCACCAAGUCCAUUGUUACGUGCGUCAUUCGAAACAACAGCGUCUAUUAUUGCAGAGGCUGCACUCUUCGGUGACUUCGAUGACAUGAAAUCACCUGCAUCAUCAAUCGUUAUGGGUUGUGUCCCAGAAGUCGGAACUGGAUUGUUUAACGUCGGUGUUGCGAACAACUGAAAAA